AUGGUGGAUAACAGCGGCAAUGGCCCGCUCCAAGUCCCAGGGUUUGGCGGCGUACCUCUUGACUACGAGCGACCGGGAAAAGACCAGUUCGCCACGAUCCAUGACUGGGCGCAGCGCCCUGCAGUGACUCGCCGCGAGACUGUCAUGGUUGUGGUGAUGGAGACUCUCACAGACCGUCCAGAUUGGCAGGUAGAUAUUUUCAAUGACGAUGUUAUCCAAUUAUGGCGACAGGAACUGGCAGAGAGCCACGAGUAUAUUACCAGCCUAUGGCUAGAGGAGCCGGAGCCGCAUUCCGAUAACGAUGACGACGCCGUAAUGAACCGACGGGACAUAGGUGAGCGUGCCUAUAACGAAACCAGCGCGCUUAUAAACGACGCAACCUGGGACUGUUGCAUCAAAGAGCUCCGUGAUAAGGCUCUUGCAUUAAAGGAAACGGGAUACGUGAGGAUCCUGGAUACAGGCUCGUGCAUAUGUAAAAGCGAUGAUCUGCCUCUGCAAGAGCUGGCGGCGACCAUAAGCAAGGUAUCAGAGCCUUUGCUUGAUAGAAACGAUCAAAGCGACUUUAUGCAGUACCAGCACCGACGUCAAAUAGAUUCAACGCUAUAUCCGCUUGUCUAUGGAACAACACCUGUCCUGUUCCACUGGAGCUCCAAUUACCAACGCUUUCCCACCGAGGUUGAGUUUGUACCAGAUGGAACUGGGCAGCCACGCAUUACAUCAUAUAUCAUCAAUUUAGAUCCAUCCAACGAAGAGAUGUAUCAUGGGAUAGAGCAGCUCAUAGCCAAGGCAAUACCAAUGUGGAAUGGAUGUUUAAUCAAAAGAAACAAGAAUUUCGAUGACAAAUGGAACGAGGGCCAACGCGGUUGCGCCCCCCUUAGAAUUAUUGCCUACGGAAUUGAGUGGGAGAAUACACUACCCGAAUGGGCACUGCAGUUCCGUAUCCCAAUCGAUAACGAUCGCCAGUUGCAACAGAGAUUGAAAAAGGCUAUGCAAAGAUGGACGGGUGGCGAGGCUACAAACUCACUACACGCGCUACGUACCCUUAAGCAGUUCAUUGAUGAAGUGCAAGAAUUCAAAAGCAGACCAGAGCUUAUGCCGCAGCAAGCAGCUUAUCCAAACCCACUACCGUCCUACGUUGAAAGAGAGAUAGAUAGAGCAUUAUUUACAGUACAAACAGUGCGGGACAACAUGGCAGCAUUUGAAAAGCUGCUAGAAGCUGAUCCAAACUACCACCUGAAGACCCUGAACUUUGGACUAAACUGCGCGAAUACAUUCAACCUUUAUCUUAUCCCUCCCAAACCUUGA